AUGAAGUAUAUCGUGAGCAACAUCAAAGCUGACCAGGUGGAGAAAGGAAAAAUAAACAAGAUAUACAUCCCAAGAGCGCCUGAGCUAGAUCCAUCGGAAUUUGUGCUGGUGGACAACAAAUAUGCCUUCAAGUUUGAGUUUACAAGUGGAUGCAAUCUGCAGCUGAGCAAGAUCCAGAGAGAGUUUUUGAACAAGAGUGUUGGAAAGGAUGAAAUAAACGUUAAGCAUCUGAAUGUUGUUGAGUGCGACCCGAUCUCGCUGCUCAAGUUAGAUGUAGAGCUUAUCAACCUGGAGAAGGUUGACUUUGACGCAAAGGAACUCAUUGAGCAGUUCAAGAACAUUUAUGUGUCUUUUCCCUUCAAUGUCGACCAGAGAUUUUAUCUGUAUCUUGGAAACCUGGGAUUCAAGGUGGUUGUCCGAGAGAUGUUUACUGCCCUGGACAGAAGAUAUGGGAUUCUUCUGAGGAACACAGAGGUUUUCAUCAGCUCUGUCUCUGACAGGCUAACAUUGUCAAACAACACUAAAGAGAACAUUCUGCUGGACCCAAACUUCAACUUUGAGUCUCUCGGGAUUGGAGGACUGAAGCAGGAGUUUGGGAAGAUGUUCAGAAGGGCAUUUGUGCAGAGAGCAUUUGACUCUGACGUGAUCAAGAACUUCGGGAUACCUCACGUAAAGGGAAUAAUUCUCUAUGGGCCUCCUGGGACUGGGAAGACGCUGAUAGCAAGAAAACUGGGGUCUCUGCUCAAUGCCAGGCCGCCAAAGAUAGUAAAUGGACCUGAAAUCCUCAACAAGUAUGUUGGGCAGAGCGAGGAGAACAUCAGGAACCUGUUUAAGGAUGCAGAGGAAGAGUGGAAAGUGAAGAAGGGGGACAGCAACCUCCACAUCAUUAUAUUUGACGAGAUUGAUGCCAUAUGCAGAAGAAGAGGAAAUAGCAGUGGGACAGGGGUUGGAGACCAGGUAGUAAACCAGCUCCUCAGCAAGAUGGACGGUGUGGAAUCGAUAGAAAACAUUUUGGUGAUUGGAAUGACCAAUAGGCUGGAUUUGAUUGACGAGGCUCUUCUCAGGCCGGGGAGGUUUGAGAUCCAUCUGGAAAUCUCUCUCCCCGACGAAGAGUCCAGGAUCGAGAUAUACAGGAUCCACACAAAAACGAUGGAAAGCCACGACUACUUGGACGCGAAUGUUGACCUGAACAAGAUAGCCAGGCUGUCCAAGAACUACACGGGAGCAGAAAUAACGGCUGUUGUAAAGAGUGCCGUGUCCUUUGCUCUGGAAAGAAAGGUCCACGGGGAGAAGCUUGAUGGAGAAAGAAUGAAUGUUGUAGGAGACAAGAACAUCAAGGUCUACAUGAACGACUUCAUCCAGGCAUUGGACGAGGUCAAGCCCUCCUUUGGGAUAAACGAGCUGGAGUUCAGCAGGUUUGAGAAGACCUUCUACGAGACUCCCAUGUUUACCCAGGGAGUUGAGCACGGAAAGAACCUCCUUACGAAGCUGAGAAAAACAAAUCUCUACAGCACAUCGUCUCUGUUAUUCCAUGGCUGUCCAGGAGUUGGCAAGACAACGCUGGCCGUGAAGGCUGCAAGGUCCUCGAUGUUCCCGUUUAUAAAGAUCAUCUCGCCAAGAGACAUCAUUGGACUUAGCGAGUAUGAGAAGGUCAACUACAUCAAAGGGAAGUUUAUGGAUGCAUACAAGUCCGAAGAGGCUAUAAUAAUACUGGAUGACAUUGAAGGGCUUAUCGACUUUGUGAACAUAGGGCCCAGAUUUAGCAAUGCCGUGCUGCAGGCACUGAAGAUAUUUAUCAAGGAGGAGAGCAGAAAGAAGAUGUUUGUGUUCGGCACCACAAGCUCUGUUGAGGUCAUGAGAGAAUGCGGCAUCUACGAAUGUUUCCAGUCUGCAUAUGAGGUAGAGAAGAUCGGGUUUCCGGACUACGAGAUUCUGUGCAGGCAGAACCCAAGUUUUUCGGAGAUAUGCUACGAGGAACCUAUGUCCAUCAAGCAGCUUCUCUCGCUCCUAGACGAGCCCGAUAUCUCUCCCCAGUGA